CGUUCCAAGCUUAUCAUUAUUCUUUUUCUGUGUUUCCGAAAAAUUCAGCUCCUUGCACCGUUAACAGCAAAUUUUAGACGUUUGUGGUUUUUUAUUUAAAAAAUGUUAGUAAUAUUGAAUAUUGUGAAUGAUUGUAAAGGUGGAGAUACGGUUUGGUUUUAAUUUUUUUCAACACGAAACCGAUGGGGAAAAGGAAAUCAAGGAAGAAGGCUGCAGCGCCAAAGAAGAAGAGAGAAAAGCUUGAAACUGUUUUCAGUUGCCCCUUCUGCAACCAUGAGAACAGUGUUGAGUGUCAUAUUGAUAUGAAGAAUAUGAUCGGUGAGCUUGCAUGUAGGAUAUGUCAGGAGAGUUUCAGCACAGCCAUCACAGCUUUGAGUGAACCAAUAGAUAUAUACAGCGAGUGGAUUGAUGAGUGUGAACGAGUGAACAAACUUGAAGAGGAGGGAGAGGAAGCAUAGGAAAAUCGACUUCGUUUUUUUUUUUAGUAAAUUUUGUAAAUGGAAUCUUAGUUCCUUAAUCGUAUAGUUAUAGACUUACAGAAGGUUGUUAGUUGUUACUCGAGAAUAAUUAAGUCUUAUGCGGAUCGUAUGGACCUUUGUAAAACUAGUGUGCUAUUUUAGUUUUUAAUGUAUAUGGUGGGAUAUUAAAAUUAAUUAAAAAGUUGCGUUUUAUUUUUGUAA